CCAUAUCAAACAAAAGUGACGGCCAUCCACCAAGACGAUCACGAAUUCAUGGUUUGAGGAUUCUGGAAGACUCACAACCCUUCUCUGAAGCUUGUCUUCCCUCCUCUCGCUAGGCGAACAGCUACAUAAACUCCACCACCAUGCUGUCUCGAUCAAGCUCCAGUCCCCGGUGGACGGGCUUCUUCCUUGUAUUCCUCUCGUUAUGCUCUCUCUUCGUACCUGCUGUCUCCGUCAAACAUGAAAACUUCAAGACCUGCGCUCAGUCCGGCUUCUGCAAACGAAACCGACAGUUCGCCGACGAUGUAACCUCCUCAUCUGCCUGGACCUCCCCAUACAAUAUCGACCCCGCCACCAUUUCCUUUAGCAAAGGCCAAUUGAACGCCGUCGUUCUAAAAACCGUAAAGGACGGAGAGGACAAAGUCCGGUUGCCGCUGACCGUCACAUUCUUGGAGUCCGGCACUGCCCGUGUUACCCUCGACGAGGAGAAGAGGCAGAAGGGAGAUAUCCAAUUGAGGGGCGAUAGCAAGGUCCGAAAGGAACGAUACAACGAGGCUUCUCAGUGGGCCCUUGUCGGCGGACUCGAAGUCUCCGAGGGUGCUGCUCUGAGCGAAAAGGCCGAGGACGGAUUUACCAAGGUGUUCUACGGCGAGGGAGGAAAGCACCAGGCUCUCAUCCGACACUCUCCCUUCAGCAUCGAUUUCCAGAGAGACGGCGAGACCCAAGUCAAAUUCAACGACCGCGGCCUUUUGAACCUAGAGCACUGGCGUGCCAAGAAGGAGAAGCCAGUCGAAGAGAAGAAGGAAGGCGAGGAGGAGAACAAGGAGGAAAAGAAAGAGGAGGAGGCUGAGAAGGGAGAAGAUGAGAGCACAUGGUGGGAUGAGACCUUUGGUGGCAACACCGACACGAAGCCCAGAGGUCCAGAGGCUGUGGCUUUGGAUAUUUCAUUCCCCGGCUACGAGCACGUCUUUGGUAUCCCCGAGCAUGCCACCAGUUUGUCCUUGAAGACGACGAGGGGGGGGGAAGGUAACUACAACGAGCCGUACCGACUAUACAACGCCGACGUUUUCGAGUACGAAAUGGACAGCCCCAUGACUCUUUAUGGAGCUAUCCCGCUUAUGCAAGCCCACCGCAAGGGUUCUACCGUCGGUGUCUUCUGGCUGAACGCUGCAGAGACCUGGGUCGAUGUCACCAAAUCCAAGACUUCGGCCAACCCGCUUAGUCUCGGUACAAAGAGCCGCACAGAUACUGAAACCCACUGGAUCUCUGAGAGCGGUCUGUUGGACGUCUUUGUCUUCCUUGGCCCUACGCCGCAGGACUUGAACCGCCAGUACGGCGAACUGACCGGCUUUACCCAGCUGCCCCAGUCAUUCGCAAUUGCAUACCACCAGUGCCGAUGGAACUAUGUUUCCGAUGACGAUGUCAAGGACGUGGACCGCAAAUUCGACAAGUUCAACAUCCCUUACGACGUGAUCUGGCUCGAUAUCGAGUACACGCACGAGAAGAAGUAUUUCACCUGGGACCCUCUGACCUUUAUCAAUCCCACCAAGAUGGGCAAGCAGUUGGAGAAGAGCAUUAGGAAGCUUGUCGUCAUCAUCGACCCCCAUAUCAAGAACACCGAUAGCUACCCGGUCAUUGAUGAACUAAAGAAGAAGGAUCUCGCCGUCAAGAACAAGGAAGGAAACCAAUACGAGGGAUGGUGUUGGCCCGGCUCUUCCAUGUGGAUCGACUGCUUUAACCCUGCUGCGAUCACCUGGUGGAAGACUCUUUUCAAGUAUGACAGUUUCAAGGGCACUCUCUCCAACACUUUCAUCUGGAAUGACAUGAAUGAGCCGUCCGUUUUCAAUGGCCCAGAGACUACCAUGCCCAAGGACAACGUACACUUCGGAGGUUGGGAACAUCGCGAUGUCCACAACAUCAACGGCAUGACCUUCCACAAUGCCACUUACCAGGCUCUCCUAGAGCGUAAGAAGGGUGAAGUUCGCCGUCCUUUCGCACUGACCCGUUCGUUCUACUCCGGUAGCCAACGUGUUGGAGCGAUGUGGACUGGGGACAACCUCGCGGAGUGGUCUCAUCUCGAGGCAUCGCUUCCCAUGGUCUUGAACCAGGGUAUCUCUGGCUUCCCCUUCGCUGGUGCAGAUGUUGGAGGUUUCUUCGGCAACCCAAGCAAGGAGCUCCUGACUCGCUGGUACCAGGCUGGUAUCUACUACCCCUUCUUCCGAGGUCACGCCCACAUCGACACGCGCCGCCGUGAACCCUACAUUGCUGGUUCUCCCUACACCGAGAUCAUGACCCAAGCUCUGCGUCUCCGUUACCAGCUCCUUCCUGCCUGGUACACCGCCUUCCACGAGGCCGCCACGACGGGCGCACCCAUCAUCCGUCCCAACUACUGGGUCCACCCCGAGGAUGAAGCCGGCUUCGCUAUCGACGACCAGCUCUACAUCGGAUCCACCGGUCUCCUCGCCAAGCCCGUCACGAAGGAAGGCGCUGACAGCGUUUCUGUCUACCUCGCAGACUCCCAGCCCUACUACGACUACUUCGACUUCACGACCUACCAAGGCGCCGGCCACCACCACACCGUGCCCGCGCCCCUCGAGAAGAUCCCCCUCCUCAUGCAGGGCGGCCACGUCAUCCCGCGCCGCGACCGCCCCCGCCGCUCCUCCGGCCUCAUGAAGUUCGACCCCUUCACUCUCGUCGUCGUGCUCGACAGCGCGGGCAACGCAAACGGCACGCUCUACCUCGACGACGGCGAGACCUUCGAGUACGAGCAAGGCGCCUUCAUCCACCGCCGCUUCUCCUUCUCCGCCAAGCACGCCUCCCUCACGUCCACCAACCUCGGCGGCCGCGCAACCACCAAGACGGACAAGUACCUCAAGACCAUGGCGAACGUGCGCGUCGAGAAAGUCAUCGUCGUCGGCGCCCCAUCCGCAUGGCAGCACAAGACGUCCGUCACGGUGAUGGAGGAGGGCGCCAAGGAGUCCGCGCGCAGGAAGCAGGUCGACUUCGAGUUCUUCCCUGCCGACGGGAAGAAGGCGGCCUGGGCGGUCGUCCGGGACCCCAGGGUCGCGAUCGGGAAGGGCUGGAAGAUCGACUUCUCGGAUAAGAGCGGCGGCGGCGACCACGGUCACCAGCAUUAAGUGUGCUGGGUGGGACUGAUGCAUGUAGUUUUGUUGUUUUGCCAAAAUAUCCAGUCGAUAAGUUAUAAGUCAAUCGAUCAAAUGUAUGAGAAAAAGCGUCGUCGUUGGAAGUUAGCGUUUGUGCAGUCGUACUCGACGUGACGCAUCUCGCGCCGUCAGUGGUAUGAAUAGAGAAAAUCAUACAUCAUUUAGGAUAGUUACCUAAAGAAUCGACUUUGUCC